AUGGCUUCGCCUAUUUUCAUAUCCAAUCCGCCCCCUGGAUUUUCUGUCAUUGCCAUACUAAGAGGAAUGCAAUUGGCUCUACUAGGGGCGUACCGGUCGCUUCAGAAUCCGGGUCUUCUCCAGUCCGUAUACUAUGAACGAGUACUAGGAGCCAUCAUAAUUUCCAUGAUUAUCCAGCUCUCGCUCUGGUCUCCUGUCAUUUGCUUGCGCAUCCUUACAAAAAUUUUCAGCUCUUUUGCAUACUUGAAGUUCCUUGAGUCUUGGGCUGUGGCCCUCAAGGAUUUCCAAUUCAACGUCCUCAACAUAAGUGCAUUUGUCGUUUCUCUUUCUCAGUAUUUCAGUAGAGAUUUGGACGACUUAUUUUUGGCCAGUCUUGGCUUCAUCGAUUCGGUCUACGUCUCAAAGCACCCAGAUAAUUCCUCCCACCAAUACCACGACAAUCUUGUCGCUUUGACCGAUAUAGAUCUUGAGCAACAUUCAGUACAAUCGUUUUUUGAUGUGGUCAAGUCCAAGUAUGCAUCAAGCAGGGAGUUUUCAUUGUUUCUCCGAAAGCACUUAAACAAUCUCAUUUCCACAAUUGUGCUAUUUGUGUUGAUCAAAAUUCCUUUUGUGGGCCCAGUAUGUCUUGGCUUGAUCACAUUCCUGAGUUUAAACGAUAAGCUCGGUACUGUGCGUUCGUUGACAGUGUUUUGUCUCUUGAUUUCUGUCCCCAAUCAGUACUCUGCUUUAUUCUUAAACACGUAUUGGGGAUCCCGAAGCAUGAUCCGCGAUUUGUUGCUUCCUUACUUUUCGAGAGUACGUUUUACCAAAAUAGAAAAAGAGCAGUGGAUCAAAUCUCGUGAAGGGUUGCUUUUUGGGUUUGGGUGUUGUUUCUAUUUGGGCAUCCGUCAGUUUCCUUGGAUAGGGCUUUUGAUAUACGGCUUCGCUGAGUCGGCAGCCGCUUAUUUGAUCACCAAGGUUUCAGAUCCACCGCCAAGCCAAGCAAGUCAGUUGAUCCAGUGGAACCCAACCCAACUAGUCUGGAAUAAAGCGCACGAAGAAAAGAUCAUCAAGGGAGAAUUUGUUAAUGAUGAAGGGUUUGCCUCCAUCCCGUGUUCCUUCAUUCUCGAAAAGUCACAUAAACAAUAA